AUGGCUUUGUCCAGGCUACGGGGACCGGGCUGUCCGGGAGGCGCGCCGGGGCGCAGGAGCCGGGACCCUGCCGCGCCGAGCGGAGCGCGGGAGGCGCCGGGCAGGGCUGCGCAGGGCUCGGGGGUCUGGAAGGCGCCGGAGUUGCUCUGGAAGUGCCGAGGUGCGUGGACCCGCCGGCUGCGCGCGCCCGCCGCUCCGGCUGCGGCUCCUCUCCGCCUCCCCGCCGCCGCCGCCGCCGCCGCCUCCGCUCUAGCCGGCGGCCGCCGCGCUGCCUCCUCGCGGGCCGGCGGCUGGGGUGCGAGCGCGGGUGGUGCGGCCGCCGCGCUGGCCGCGGUGGCUGUGGCUGUGGGACGAGCCCCCUCCCUCCGCCCCGGAGCCUACUUCAUCGCGCUCCGAGGAUCUCUGCGCUCGGGGCUGGGCUUUACCAAACGCAACUCGCAGCCCGCGGCGAGCCGGGAGGGAGGAGGGGCCGGAGCGCCGGGGCGGAGCGUCGCGCUCCCCCCGCCCCUGCCCGGGAAUUGGUCGCGUCCAGCUGUUUCCCGGGGAGUGCGGAGUGUGCGCCGCGCUCCCGCAGGGUCCCAAAAGCCCUCAGUCCCCGGCCGGGCUCGGCCGCCGUCUGGAGGUGGUGUCAGCGUUUCCGUGACAAAACCCGGAGGGAAAAAAAUGCGAACAGAAUCGCCUCGGUGCUGCCACCCACUCCCGCCGGCGUCUGCGGAGGGACGCGACUGGGCGCGCCAACCGGGUGCCCGGGGCGGAGGGGUCCGGGGGAGCGCGAUUGUUUAA